AGCUGUUGAGCGCUGUGUGCGGGAGAGAAGAGUCUCGUAGUACCCGGGAGGUGAGGGCGGAUGGAGACCGUGGCCUGACGGGCAGGGAGAGCCAGUACCGGGUGGGGAGGGUGCUCUCACUCCGGGCUGUGGCCUCGGUCAGUAUGGGCCUCAUCUUUGCGAAGCUGUGGAACUUCUUCUGUAACCAAGAGCACAAGGUGAUCAUUGUCGGCCUGGAUAAUGCAGGAAAAACAACUAUUCUUUACCAGUUUUUAAUGAAUGAAGUGGUUCACACCUCGCCAACCAUCGGAAGCAACGUAGAGGAAAUUGUGGUGAAGAAUACCCACUUCUUGAUGUGGGACAUCGGAGGCCAGGAAUCUCUGCGAUCAUCAUGGAACACCUACUAUUCUAAUACAGAGUUUAUUAUCCUGGUCGUCGACAGCACUGACCGAGAGAGACUCUCCAUUACAAAAGAGGAACUCUACAGGAUGCUCGCUCAUGAGGAUUUACGAAAGGCAGCGGUUCUUAUCUUUGCAAACAAGCAGGAUAUGAAAGGCUGCAUGACGGCAGCCGACAUCUCCAAAUACCUCACCCUUAGCUCUAUAAAGGAUCAUCCAUGGCAUAUCCAGUCGUGCUGUGCGCUCACAGGAGAAGGGUUAUGUCAAGGUCUUGAAUGGAUGACUUGCCGAACUGGAGUGAGAUAACUCCAUCCCUCCCCGGGAUACCGUUUACUCUAUGGACUCUUCUCAGUACCUUUUUUACACUACAACAUCUCCAUGUUUAAUAUUAUAAGAGGAUCGGAUCUGUCUCUGAGCCACACUUGUAUACAAGUGACGCCGCAUCAGGAAACUUAUUUGGCAACUAUUAGGCUACAUGACACACGACCUCCGACGGACACUUCAUGAUUUUCUGGAGUCCUUUGUACAUCCAGAGCAUUAAUACACAAUGCUGCUGUUUUUACAAAAAAUGGCAUCCAUGUUUUUGUUUUUUUUUAAUGGUUCUAAAUCAUGGUCAGCAUAAGCUAGCUGGGCUUCUUCGACAGUUGUGGACUUUGGCGCCCUGGAAGCUGUAGUCUCACAGCGGUUAAAGAGCCACAGUUGCCAAAUUCUGGAUUUUAAUAGGUCAAUAUUCAUCUGUUAUAUUUGGCAAGCAGCAUAUCAUUGCACAAAAGUCACACUUGGGCGAGGACUAUAUGCCGAGCUUGGUCGCCUCUGAGUUGUGUCAAAGUUAAAUCAGUACUUUACGGUUUACCUAUGGUGAAAAGAGUUGGAAAAACACCCAAAGGAUUGGGUGUCGCAGAAAAUUGUACCAUAUUGGCUUUUAAUUUUGGCUAGAUCAUUUCUAACUUUCACGGAUCGUCAAAAAAACAGUGCUCUCCCCCAGAAGGAAGAAAACCAUCUCUGAUGCCCCCUGAGCAAAGAAUUUUUUUUUUUUUUUUUUUUUUUUCUUCUUCCUUCCCAAGGAACUUUUGCCCUAAGGCAAUUGGUCCCCAACCAUUGGCUUUGAAAGGGUCUAUUCACACGGCAGAGUUUUCACUUGCGGAAUUCUGCCUCAAAUUAAAGCCCAUAGACUUCUAUGGGA